CACCGACGUUGUGAUCGCUGCAGCAGUCCAUCCCGGCACCCUGGGCCGCGCAACCGCGUUUCUCAUCUCCACCCACUUGUUCUGAAGCCCGGCGUUAAUGAAGGUCUCUUGCACGUCUCUUGGCUGGUCAAAGUGGGCGGAUCGCAUUCGAGCUGGAUCCACUCGCUGUCAGUCGAGAUGUGGGCUCAUGGGUCUUGUGCAUGAACUAUGACCGAUUUGAGACCCUUUCACAUACAUAUAGACCAAACCCAUGAGUUGUGUCUUCGAUCUUCGCCUCUCCACUGACAUUUACGGGCCCAUGCAUCACUCUCCUCCAUCCUUCCAGACGUGUAAAACCUCGCUAUCCGCCGAAGGGCGCACAAUCUCGGGAUCCUCCGAGCAUCCAGCCUCAGGACCCGUCCGAUCAGCUCUCCCAAACGCGAAAAACACGGUGCAGAGACGGGCUGCACAUAAUGCUGUCGAACGUUCUCGCAGGAAAUCACUGAAUGCACAGUUUCAAGAUCUCGCGGAGCUCCUCCCGAACCUACGCCAGCUGCGACGCCCGACCAAGUCAGCCAUCGUGGACUCGUCCAUCGCACACGUGCGCGCGUAUCGCCGCUAUCGAACGAACGCAGCGCACCAGGUCCGCAUGCUCAGUGCCGAGCGCGACGAGCUGCGCCGGGAGCUGGAGGGCUGGCGCUCACGGGCCGGCGUGAACUGCGUCGAAUCUCCGGACAGGGAAGCCGAGUGGGUGGAGAGAUUCGACGAAGGGUUUGGAUCUCAGGUGUUGGUCCACAGAGAUGAUCGCGACGAUAAGAUGACCGGCUACAUUCAUUCAUGAAGACAGAAACUCCACACAUUUGCUAACCCUCGGAGACUGUUGUCUCGACACAAGUGGACCGAGUCUUCAUGCAGCUUGAGAGGGCGCAUUAUAUACCCAUUUUUUUUAUCAAUGAAUCUCCUACUCUUACGCACCGAUUCAUAUGCCCCAUACCCGUCAAACCCUACUACAUCAACAAUAUUAUAAAUCCA